AAAAGAAAAUGUGAAAUUGAAUUUUAUUAGCAAGUGAGAAACUAUUAUACUUGUAGGUGGCAUUGUAAAUAAUGCUGUUUCAUUGGCUAAAACAAUCAACCAAUUGCGAAGAACGGUGAGAAACAUCUAAUUUGCAUAUCACAGAGCAUCCAGAGACAAUUUAGCCAAUCAAUGUCUACGUUUUUAAACACCAGUUUUGCAUAGAAGCGCUACAAAUAUUACCAGCAGUAGAGGACACUUGUCAUUUGUAGGUUGUCUACUAAGUGUUUCUCUAUCAUGCCGGAACCCGCUAAGUCCGCUCCCGCCCCGAAGAAGGGCUCCAAGAAGGCGGUGACCAAAGCGCAGAAGAAAGACGGCAAGAAGCGCAAGCGCAGCCGCAAGGAGAGCUACUCCGUGUAUGUGUACAAGGUGCUGAAGCAGGUGCAUCCCGACACCGGCAUCUCCUCCAAGGCCAUGGGCAUCAUGAACUCCUUCGUCAACGACAUCUUCGAGCGCAUCGCGGGCGAGGCUUCCCGCCUGGCGCAUUACAACAAGCGCUCGACCAUCACCUCCAGGGAGAUCCAGACGGCCGUGCGCCUGCUGCUGCCUGGGGAGCUGGCCAAGCACGCCGUGUCGGAGGGCACCAAGGCCGUCACCAAGUACACCAGUUCUAAGUAGUUUUAAGGUCUUCAUACGCAAUCCCAAAGGCUCUUUUAAGAGCCACCCACUUUUUCAGUCAUAGAGUUGUAAUUACCUGCAUAGUUUCUGUGUUUACCGAAAGGUUUGCUUUUAUCGUUUUGUGUGGUUUGCUGGUGUGUGAGUCUAUUGACUGAUUGAACGCAAAAUGCUGUGCUUAAUUGCAGGUUACUGGUACGUGUUUGAUCCCAAGUGCUGAAUACAAGGUUAGCCCACUGUGCCGAUAUGCAUAUUUUUCUUAGUGUUGUGAUGCGUCCCUUGUCAAAUUGGUUUUAUAAGAAGUGGAAAGAACUUUGGAAAGUAGGUAAUAGUUAUUUUGCUAUUCUGUGAGUGAAAAAGUAUUAAUUCCAGUUUAGUCAUUACAGCACUGGUGGAUUUACCUGCUUAAGAUAAUUUAAUUCUUCAUAAUACAAGGAAACCAACACAAAUAAUGGGCAUGAAAAUUGAGAAAUACGAACACCGGUACCUGGAUGCAACACGAACAAUGAAAGUUUUUCUUGAUUUAGCUUGGCCACUGGCAAAAUGCCAUUUGGGAGUAAUGAUUGGAAGUCCAUGAAAUAAACACCUCUAACCCUAAAA